AUGCGAGAUCCCCUUUCUCCUCCGCCGUCUUCCGGCGACGACGGCGAUCCUUACGGCUCUUGGUAUGGCAACAUCGACUACCUUCUAAAUAUAUCCGCGAUCGGCGCUUUGUUCUGUCUCUUGAUUUUCCUCUUGGUAAAGCUAAGGAGCGACCACCGCCGUAUGCCUGGCCCCGCCGCCAUUGGUAGCAAGCUUCUUGCCGUAUGGCACGCCACUGGACGUGAAAUCGCCCGCCACUGCGGCGCCGAUGCUGCUCAGUUUCUUCUCACCGAAGGUGGAAGCUGCGCGGUUCUCUUGUCCGUUGCGUCUUUGGCUCUCGUUGUUUUGCUUCCGGUUAAUCUCCACGCCGGAACCUCGGUGUUGGAUGAUCAAUUCUCGAAGACAACUAUUAACCAUAUUCCUAAAGGUUCGCCUCUGCUUUGGAUUCAUUUCAUUUUCGCUGUUGUCGUUGUUUUAUUGGUUCAUUUCGGUAUUUCGGCCACGGAGGAGAGAUUGAGGAUCACUAGGUUUAGGGAUGGUUAUGGUAAUUUGAGUGAUCCCACUGUGAAUUCUAGUGCUAUAUUUACUAUAAUGGUUCAGGGGUUGCCUAAAAUUAUUGGAGCUGAUAGGGCUGCUUUGCAGGAGUAUUUCCAAUAUCGAUAUCCUGGUAAGGUUUUUAAGGUUAUUGUGCCAAUGGAUUUGUGUGCAUUGGAUGGUUUGGCCACCGAGUUGCUGCUUGUGAGGGAUGAGAUUUCAUGGUUGGUGGCUAGGAUGGAUUCUCGCUUGUUACCGGAUGAUUGUGAAGAGGAUGCUUGUGUUGGUGGGAGUGUGAAUCUGGGUUUGUGGAGUUGGGUUGUUUCUUGUCGGAAGCUAUUGAAAGGUUUUUUGGCUGACAUUAUGGCUAGAUUUGGUCAGACUGAUGAAGAGAGGUUGAGGAAAUUGCAGGAGCUGAGGGCUGAGUUGGAGACUGAGUUGGCUGCUUACAAAGAAGGGCGUGCGCCGGGUGCUGGUGUGGCCUUUGUUAUGUUCAAGGAUGUGCACACUGCUAAUAAGGCUGUUCAGGAUUUUCAGAACGAAAAGAAGAGGCGGGUUGGGAAGUUCUUUUCUCUCGUGGAGUUGCGUUUGAGGAGAAACCAAUGGAAAGUUGAGCGUGCACCUUUGGCGAGUGACAUUUACUGGAAAAAUCUGGGGACGCCAAAGCUGUCGCUGAAAUUGCGGAGAGUGUUUGUGAAUACUUGUUUGUUAUUGAUGCUCUUGUUCUUUAGUUCUCCACUUGCUUUGAUCAGUGCUGUUCAAAGUGCUGGAAGGAUCUUCAAUGCCGAAGCUAUGGAUAAUGCACAGAUGUGGCUGGCUUGGGUACAGAGCUCUAGCUGGCUUGGAAGCCUUAUUUUUCAAUUUCUACCCAAUGUUAUCAUUUUUGUCAGCAUGUAUAUAAUAAUACCAUCUGCUCUUUCUUAUCUAUCAAAAUUUGAACGUCAUCUGACGGUAUCUGGUGAGCAAAGAGCUGUACUCAUGAAGUUGGUUUGCUUCUUCCUUGUAAAUCUCAUUUUGUUGCGGGGUCUGGUCGAAUCAUCAUUAGAGAGUGCCAUCCUGAAAAUGGGACGGUGCUAUUUGGAUGGAGAGGAUUGUAAGAGGAUUGAGCAAUAUAUGAGUGCAUCAUUCCUGUCAAAGUCAUGCCUUUCGUCUCUUGCAUUUUUGAUCACAAGCACUUUCUUGGGAAUAUCAUAUGAUCUCUUGGCACCUAUUCCUUGGAUCAAAAGAAACAUUCAGAAGUUUCGGAAAAAUGACAUGCUUCAGUUAGUUCCAGAACAAAGUGAAGAUUACCCGUUAGAACAUCAGGACGGAGAUAGUCUUCAGAGACCACUAAUUCAUGGCAGUGCAAAUGCUUAUGAAACUUCCAAUGGGGAUAGUGAAGAGGGACAAGAUCUUUCUGUUUAUCCAAUCACUGGAAGCUCACCUAAUCCAAAACAAACAUUCGAUUUCGCACAGUACUAUGCCUUUAAUUUGACAAUAUUUGCCCUGACUCUCGUAUACUGUUCGUUUAGUCCACUUGUUGUUCCUGUUGGUGCUGUUUAUUUUGGGUAUAGAUAUGUAGUGGACAAGUACAAUUUUCUGUUUGUCUAUCGAGUUCGGGGAUUUCCUGCAGGCAACGAUGGGAGUGCAAGGGGACUCUAUGAAGCUGCAAGCAAUUUUCACUCUAGGACUAUUAGUCUUCCGAGGUUUGAUUGGGAUACCUCCCAAAGGUGA